AUGGGCCUCUUCAAGCGCAAAAACAGAAACAACGACAACCUCCAAUCGGAGGACACCAACAACCAUGACGCUCCCAAGGAGAAGGUCAAGUGGUCUAAACGACCCGCCAACACGGCGUUCAAGCAGCAGCGUCUCAAGGCAUGGCAGCCCAUCCUGACGCCCGCGGCUGUGCUGCCAACACUCUUCAUCAUCGGUAUCAUCUUCGCUCCGAUCGGAGCCCUCAUCAUCUGGGGCUCGGGCAAGGUGACCGACAUCACCCUCGACUACACGCAAUGCGACGCCGAUGCCCCUACCGAUGGCACGUUCGCGACCAUGCCCAAGGGAGCGUACUCGUACUCGCUCAAGACGGGGUCCCACAUCAAGGCCAGCGACAUCCCGCCCCCGAAGUGGUCUUUCUCCAACGUCUCGUCGAGACCGCUUGGCGAGCGUGCUCAGUGCCGCAUUCAGUUUGACGUUCCUUACGAUCUCGGACCCGGAGUCUUCUUCUACUACCGCCUGACCAACUACUUCGACCCCGACCAGCUGCUCGGCAAGAAGCGCACUGUCUCGCAGAUCAACGACGGCAACUGCAAGCCCGUCACGAGCUCUGGCGGUAAGGCGUACUACCCGUGUGGCCUGAUCGCCAACUCGUACUUCAACGACACGUACAACGCGGGCAAGGUGACGCUGCUGAACCCGUCGAACGGCGCGAGCAAUGAGACGUACCAGUUCUCGGAGAAGAACAUUGCCUGGCACGGUAUUGCGAAGAACUACGUCGACAAGCCGUACGGCAACAUCACCGACUACCUGCCCCCUCCCAACUGGCACGAGAAGUACCCGAACGGUUACUCGGAGGACAACUACCCCAACCUCGAGGCCGACGAGCACUUCCACGUCUGGAUGCGUGUUGCUGCGCUCCCCACAUUCCGCAAGCUGUGGGCGCGCAACGAUGACGACGUCAUGAAGAGCGGCACGUACGAGGCCGUCGCGAUGAUGAACUACCCCGUCAAGCAAUUUGGCGGCACCAAGUCGAUCCUGAUCUCGACUGUCGCCUGGGUCGGCGGCAAGCAGCCGUUCCUGGGCUGGGCGUACGUCGCCGUCGCGAUUCUGUGCGUCGUGCUCGCGAUCGCCGGCCUCAUCCGCCACUUCAUCAAGCCGAGAAAGCUCGGAGACAUGAGCCUGCUCUCAUGGAACCAGCCCCAGGCCGCCGGCAACCGGUAA